AUGAAAUGGCUCUCGGCUAAUGACAUUCAGCCCCUGGACACUCGGCUUGCUGCACGAGAUAAACGCGGGGCUCUCUGCUCGGGUCUCUUCACCGGAAAGCUGAUGCACUCGGAACUUGCUCAGCUUCUUCGGACUGAUGCGCGGAAAAUGCUAAGCUCGGCUGGGACGGUUACUCUCGACUGCUCCUCCAUCCAGUGGUGCUCGGAAUUGCUCCCCGUCAGAGGAGUUCUCGGGUUGUCUGCGGCCUCGAAAUCCGUAGAAGAUUUGGCUCUCCCUCGCCGUCGCUGGUGGACUCGUCGAAAAUCAGCCACCGGAAACCAAGCUUCUUCUGUUGUCGUGGUUUGCCCGCGCCACCUCGCCGUUCGCCACAAAUUGAGGGUCGCCGGGACUGCCUGCUCCAGAGCUUCGAUCGCCGAUUCUGCUUGGUCGAGGGAUUUUGAGAUCGGGAAAAGUCGGGAGCGGCUGAGGUCUUGCUGUGGUUUAAAUAGAGACGAUUUAGGGUUGCAUCCUGGAGGGGAUGCCGUGGUUUUGGCUGGAAAUUUGGGAGAGCGGUUGAGCUGCGACCGAUUCUCGCGAUGUGUCGUUCUGCUGUUCAGUCAAAAUGAAGAGAUGGGCUGCUUCUCUGGUAAAAGGGAAAUGGAUCGGGCAGUUGGGCUGACUCCUUUUUGA